AAGGUGUGAAAACUCAUGCGGGUUCUCCCAGGUAAGUAGUUCAAGAAAACUGAAGGUUUUCGUCUCCAAAUCAUAUUUACAGCUUUAACCUAGGAAAUCCUUGCAUUGCCGGUUCUAGGUUAUUAUUUUUUUUAUUAGAGCCUAUGGAUAAAAGAAAGAAGAACAAGACACUAGCUUUCGUUUGUAAUCAAGAAUCUCACACAAAUGAUGAAACUCAGACCAAGCAACAGAAUGCACAACCAAAUGUGAAUGUUGUUCCGAAUGCCAAAAUUAGCAGUUCCUCAACUUCACUGGAGAACACACCUAACUCAAAUCAGCAACAACAGGCUUCAAUUGUUCAACAGCCCCACACUCCUCAAAGUGCCACAGAACAGUUCUUUGCAAUGCACUUCGCCACCCAAGCAUCAGCACCUGGUGGUGCCCCAAAUCAAUGGCAGCAGUUUCCACACUUAUUUGCCCAGUCAACGUCACCCUUUUGGCAAUCUCAUCCACCCACCGCCGUGGCUGGCCCAUUACUUGGAGCAAAUGCCCCUACCAUCUAUUACCCAUUCACUGAUCCUGGCAUUCCAGCAGCAUCUUCCUCAACAACACAGACACUACCUCCUAGUAUGUGUUACAAUUACCCAUGUCCUGUCUUUCCAUGUUAUUGGGGUCCAUCUUCUUACAUGACUCAGUUGUACCAAAUGCAGCAUCCUUAUGCUCACAGUUUUCCUGGUGCACUUAACUUUUCUUCAGCAACACCGAAGGUGCCAAGUUGCUCAGCUUCUGGAGAGCAUUCUUCUAAAAUAGGAAAUAUCAAACCGCCUUCAGAAAUUUCUCUGAAGUACCAACAACUUUGGGAAGCUGAGAAAGCGGAGAAUGCCAAGCUGCGGAGAGUGACAGAUAAAUUGCUAGCUGAAGUUUCUGGUUACAAGGAUAAGCUAAAGAAUCUUCAAGAAGAAGUCUCCUCAUUCAAACAGAAAGCAGAACUGACCUUUAAACAAGUUAUGGGAACAGUGUCUGCAGGAGCAACUCAACCUUUGAAGAAGAGAGGGAGACCUCCUAAUCGAUCGUUGGCCUCAGCCGAUGCAUUAAACGAGUCUUACCUCCCUGCUGGUGGUAAAAGGCCUUCAACGUGUAACUCUCUGUCUCAGAAUAAAUCACCCUUUGAAAAAGUUAAACCCAUCUUUGAAAAAGUCAUUCUUAAAAAGGUGGAAAACAAAGAAAUAACUACUCGUUUCACGGCUACAAUGGCACAGCAGGAAAACAAUGUAAACAUCUUAAAUAGUGUAAAAGAUGUGAGCUGCAACACCCAGAUUAAUCAGAUUUACCCAACCAAGUCUACAUGUCAAGGUCAUGUUCAUCAGGAAUCUAAGGGAGUCCAGGCAUGUGGAAUUCGAGUACAUGUUAAAUUUGGAAAGGAUAAAGACUUGAGACCCUCAGAACCAGAUAAAGUGUUGAACCAUGACAAGAGUGUUUCAUCUAAAAAAUCUAUUGGAAAUACAGGAAACGGGAAUAUUGGGUUGAAUUCUGGCAAACAUUUGGUAGACACUACAAUGGAUGUAUUAGAUGGCAUUUUCAUCCAACACGGACGGAACAUAGCUCCUGGAUGGAGUUUGAGUCCUUUGAGAUUUGCAGAGGAGGAGGAUGUUUCAGAAUAUAUUGAAGGAUCAGCUAAAGAUGAAAAUGAGAUCAUGGUGGAUGACGCUAGCUCCUCUGCUGAAGAAAUUGGUGGAACAAAAGACUUAGGUGGUUGGUUGCCCCAUGAGUAAAUGCCUUUGCAACUAGUCCAAAAGCUAUGUUACCUUAACAGAUGGCAAUAGUGUUUUGUGAAGAAAUGUCUUGCUUCUACUUCCUUAACAGUAGAGUUUUUUGAUUAUGCGAUAACUCUGAUCAAUUGGGAUAAUCAUCCAGUUAGGUGAAGAGUCACCAAAUUGCCCAGAUUUUUUGUAUGAAUUACAAAGCAGUAUGUAGAUUUUUUUUGUUAA